GCGUGGGGCUUGGCGGCGGCGGCGGCCCCAAUGGCGAAGCGCGGCGCGUUGUCGGCGGCGCUGGCGUGUCACGCGCCCGGGUGCGAGAGCUUCGCGGCUGCCGCGCCGCCGCUCCUGAAGCGCCGCCGGGCCGAGGCGGAGAGGAAGGAGGAGCCGCCAGGCGGCGGCGGAGGAGGAGGCGGCGGCCUGAAGCGCAAGAGGGCGGAGGAGGAGGAGGAGGCGGCGCGGGCCGCCAAGAGGCCCUCGGUGGCCCCGGGGGGCGGCGUUGCUGGCGCCACGGCCCUCUCGCGGCCCCCGGGCUCCGCGUCGGCGAGGGGCGGCCGCCCCAAGGCUCCUCUCGAGGAGCCUGAAGAUGAUGUUUGGCGCUACAACUCCUUCCAGUACUGGAGGUCUCCAUUGCCUGCUAUUGAUUUGUCUGAUAUUCUGGAUUUAGAAAAAGACGGUGCAAUAGAUGCAAGACGGUCCAGCAGUGUUUGCCUCUCAGAAAUGGAAACCUGAAACCUGAUUAAUUCUCACGUUACUUUGCUGAAGUUGGUUUCUUCUUUUGCUUGGAAAAGUAAGCAGAGAUGAUAACCGGUUGGAGAAAAAUAUGCUUUGAAGGAAGGAAAACGUCUUAAAAAGAAAGAAUGAACCAUCAGUGGACUGUCUAGAAAAUUGAUGGUAUACAGAAUGAAGGGAGCAUGAACCUUGGAGAAAUAUUGGAACAUUUGAAAAUGGAUGUAUGCUGACAAAAAAUACACGUACCGUAGUUGGUACUUACUUCAUUGAAAGAAAGUCAGAAGGGUGUGUUCUAAGUUGAACCUGGUCAAAUAACUCAGUUGAGAUCUGUGCUGUCUUUGUUACUAGACAAAAAAUACUGUUGCUUAACCAAAAAAUAUAUUUUUAAAAUCCACACUUCUAUGCAGAAUGAUGGCAAUGGAUAUCAUUUUUUUUGCCAGUGCCAUGGUACAAGUUUCUUUAAGCGUUUCUGACAGUGGUGUGAGAGUAAAAAUGAUGACAGGAGCUGAUUGCGUUUUGGCUUGAGCCAUCAAAUACAUGGACUACGAUGGACAAGGAAAAGGAACCAUGCUGAGCAAUGUGAGACUGUUGGGCACAUUUCUUGGGACUUAUUGAUGGAAGGCUCCAAUCCUACCUAGUUAAUAUGUUUGAUUCUUUGUGUUUUGUAUCAUGUGCUUGUCAGAUAUUGGACUUAAGUCUGAAUGUUACCAUUUAAUAUUCUUUGCUAGGAAUGACAACAUGAAACUAGAGACUUCAACUUCAGAUCUGCUAAUCAUUUCAUAGUGUUAUUCAAGUUAAAUGACAUUUCUUUAUUAAUCCACCAUAACUUUGGCAUAUUUGUAGAAAUACUUUUCACUGUGUAAUAAAAUCUCCAGUAA